UGUGUGUGUGCGUGUAUGUACUUUUGUGUGAUAAUAUGAGUGUACAUUUGUAGGCCUGUGUUUCUGUGUGCAUGCAUAUGAUUACAAGUGUUCCCAAUAGAUGACAAAAAAACACACACCCCGACUCCUAGUCAAGUGCAAUAUUGUUAUCAGUUUGGCAUUUAGAACUGUAGCAAUUUUUUUGUUUUGUUUUGAAAAAUAUUUUUAAAGUUUUGACCUGAGUCUCUGAGUCAUGAAGUGAGCAAAAGUGAAAAUGCCUCAAUAAUAAUUGGAUUUGUUAUACACAAAACAAAAUGAUGCUACCUUGGGGAUAUGAGACAAAUAUAAGUUUUUUUCCACCAAACCAAAAACUAGAAACCACCUGGACCAAAAAAAAAGAUUUGCACAAUAUUGCGUUGUGAACUUGACAAUAUAUUUUCCGCCAAGGUGGAAUAAAACUUAAAAUUGUCUCAUCUCUUUGCCAUUGUUUUACAUGCACACUUCAGCAAAACCUCUUGGAAGAAGUUCUUCAGCAUGUGGAGGAGUACAGAAUGGCGGAGAGAAGAGCCAACAACUCGGCCUGGUCUCAAAGUCCGGUGAAGUCCUCAGCAUCAAGUGAGCUGUUCCUGUUGCUCUUUGAGUUUGAAGCUCUGAGCAAGCUGCAUGACCCUCGAGCAGAGUCUGUGUUAGAGAGGGCGCUCACCUUACCUCACCCAGAGCCCAAGUUAUUUCACACUCUUGCAG